AUGUCGGAACAGGUGUUGGAAUUGGAAACCCGGGAGGAAGAAAUGAGGGCAGAGCUUGUGUACCUUCAGGCGCAAUCCAUGCACAAUAACCUGGUUUUCAGGAACAUACCGGAGGCUCAGGGAGCUAAUGCUAGCCCAGAGGACUGCGAGAGAGUGAUCAGGGACUUUAUGAUGGAGAAGAUGAAACUGGCACAGGAACUUGUGGACAGCUUUAAGUUUGACAGAGUACACAGGAUGGGUCAGAGAAGGCAGGGGUCCAGUAGAAAUAUUGUGGCCAAAUUUACACUAUUUAAGGAGAGGGAGCUGGUAAGGAGUCAGUCAAGUGCGUUAAAGGGGACUGGCAACUAUGUUUUCGAGCAAUUCCCACGGGAGGUUAGCGAGAAACGUAGACGAAUGGUGCCACGUAUAAAGGAAGAACAGCGGAAGGGUAACCGUGCCUGGCUGUCUUAUGACACUCUGUACGUGAACGGGCACCCUGUGAGUGAGGGAAUUGCGACGAAGAGAUAG